AUGUUAAACAUUUGCUCCUUUUGGGAAAUUAAUCCUCUAACUAAUAGAGUGAGAGUUCGCGCCCCAAAAACAAAAGCAGAGCCGUAUCCCGACUAUGAUACCGAGGAAGAGGGCACCGCCAAGCUACUUGCAGGACUUUGCAACCGGAAAAUACCUCGAGGACAGGCUAGACGGUCUCGACGAAUUAGAGGUCAAGCGCCUCGAGACCGAGGCGAGGAAGCGAGUGAGCUCGAGUCCGGCUUUGAAGAGGAAACGGGGUCGCCCACGAAAGGUGAAACAACCCUUAACGGAGCAAACAAUUACGACUACUCUGAAUCCGAGAUCAGCGACGACUAUUCAAAAUCUUCAAGACGGCGCGAAGUCAAAUCAAGAGGUCGGAAAAGGCGGAGAGUUGGAUCAAUGGACGAAGACAGUAUCGAAGAAAGUCAACCAGUUGCGAGGCGUAAACGAAGAAGAAUUGAAGCGCCUAAAGAAGUACGACGAAAAAGGAGGAAAAACGACGAUGGCUAUACUAUCACCAGCGAUGAUUUCAGAAAAUUCAGGGAUUCAAUUUAUGACGCAACUCAUCGCAGCCAGAAAUCCAAAAACAGGCGAAUUGAAAUUUCCUCAGGAACUGAUAGUGAGCAAAUUUCCGACUUCAACGAUCAAGAUGACAGAUCUUCUACCAAGAGCGACUCCAAAAGCGCCGACGAGUCUCAAUUCUCGGACGAUGAUAAUGACAAACGAAACGCCCGGGAUGGAAGAAAAAAUUCAAGAAAUCCAAGAGAGCACUCCGUCAUUGUCGAGAACCCCGCGUACAACUUCCACAAGCGAAAAACUGAAAAAAAUCGGGCUCCCGCUGGACGAGUUAUUACAGUUAGAAAGCCCAAAGAGUCUGAGAAAUCUGAACAGCUCCCCAAAUCUCGAAAAAGGGGUAGACCUAGUAACUCAAUUUCAACAAAACGGGCCCCAGCAAAGCGGAGACGAAAAUCUCCUGAAUACAGCGAGAAUGAAGGCACCACCUCCGACACUGGAGACAACAACGAGGACGACGAGCCCGUUCUCGAAUCAACAGCCAACUUCUGGUCCCGCUAA